AUGCUCGGAUACAUAUCCUCCACGCGCAAGAAGUCCUGCAAGCAAUGCGUGAAAGCGAAACGGAGAUGUGAUCUCGGGUACCCCUGCUGCAAGCGGUGCUUCUCCAAAUCGCUCGACUGCGCAUACCCCAAUGCGUCGGUCCGUGAAGCGGAGGUCGUUAUAAGGCAGCGAACUCCGGAUCUCGCUCCGUUGACCCAAGUCGGCGACAACGACCUACUGGCUGAUCUGCAGCCCGCGGGCCCUGAAAUCGAUCCCGCGAUACUGCAAGUGUCGACGUCGGACUCAAACUCGUCGAGUAGUCCCGAGAGCUGGAGUGAUGUUGUAGGAGACUGGGAGAAGGAGCAAGAGGGUAGGCAGAGGCAGGCGCUGUAUUGGAAGAGAAGUCAAGAGCCUGCGAUUAGCACACAUAUAUUGCCGAAGAUAUGGGCACCGAGCUGGUUGAAUGAAGAGCAGCUUUUGUUUAUGGUGAGCAGGAUGCGGAGUUUUGUGCCGACGCUGGCCUUCACAGGGAGCAAUAUGUUUAUUCACUCUGCGCUUUACAAGUCGCAUCAACCUACCGCUUUCCAGGACAGCAUCAGCCUUUCCGCGCUGUACCUCGCGAAGACGAAACAAAACACACCGAUCUUGGCGAGGUCUAUUGAGGAGAAAAUCAAUGGGCUUAUAGCAAAUUCGAACGAGUGGUCAUUGCAAGAGCAUCUCGCCGCUGUCCAGGCUCUGAUUGUAUACCAGAUCAUCAGACUGUUUGACGGCGAUUUGAUUCAGGCGGGAAUCGCGGCAAAACACAAUCGAUUACUGGAGCUCUGGACCGCACACCUCUGGAAACGCUCCUUCGCCGAACCGAUACCCUUUUCCAAGCCUUGGGACGCGUGGGUAUUUUACGAGUCCCUCCGCCGCACCGUCAUGAUGUCCGUGUUCAUGCGCGGAGGCUGGAAUGCACUCACGCAAGACGGACUGUGUGAUCAGGUGCCAGUAUUGGCGCGGUUGCCGCUAUCGAAAGGCGACGGGUUCUGGAACAUAGGGGAAGAGGAAUUUGAGAAAAGGGUUGCUGGGGUAGACGGAAGAGAUCAGUUGAUUUCAUACGGGGAUUUCUCGUUGAAUUGGAUGCCGGGAGAUGAUAUGGAGGGGUUGACGGAGUUUCACAGAUUGUUGCUUGCACCUUGUAGGGGGCACCUCGACCCGAGGCUUUACCUGGAUGGAAUGUGA